AUGACACAGAAAGAGCUGAACUUGAGACAGAGACGAUGGCUCGAACUAUUGAAAGAUUAUGAUCUUGUUAUUGAUUAUCACCCGAGGAAAGCUAAUGUGGUCACUGAUGCACUUAGCCGAAAAUCAUCAUUGUUUGCACUUCGAGCAAUGAAUGUUCAUUUGUCUGUUAAUGAAGAUGGUUCAGUAUUAGCAGAAUUGAAAACAAAAUCUACAUUCCUUCAACAUAUCCGUGAAUUACAGAGUGAGGAUCCGAAACUAGUACUGAAACGACAAAUGGUUCAGGAUAAUUUGAGUUCAGAAUAUAGCGUUGAUGAUGGUGAUAUGUUGUGUUAUCGUAAUAGAUUUUGUGUUCAGAAUAAUUCAGAAUUGAAAAAUGAUAUUCUUGCUGAAGCUCAUAUUAGUAAGUAUUCUAUUCAUCCGGAAAUAGAGCUCCAACCCGACGUGACUUAUUCAGAAGAACCGGUGAAAAUUCUAGCUUGGGAAAUUAAAGAGUUAAGGAACAAACGGGUACCGUUAGUAAAAGUGUUGUGGCAUCAACAUGGUGUGGAAGAGGCAACCUAG